AAUUUAGCCGAAGGUAGUAGACAACACACCAAUACAACCCAAGAAGAAGACAGCGCAUAUUUGGCACUUUUCCAGAAGUGCAUAUUUGUCACUUGUCCAGACAGUGGUGGUGAUUCCUGGACGCUAUGGCUCCUCCGCUCAAACACUCCUCACACCUCCCAUCUUGUCGAUAGCUCGAUUGAACCCUCUCUGUCGUUAUGGGCCUGAAACUCUGAUCUUACUCGGGAGAACGAGCCACACCAACACACGUGCGAGACAAGACGAACAUUGCACGUGGUAGAAGUACGGUAGAAAGUGCGGACGUGCGAUAAAGUGAGAGCACAACGCUUCGCGAGGGAGCUGGGUGGUUGUGCGCUGUAGUGGAGGUGGACUGCAUGCGGAGUACUGCCGCCAAAUAUCCGGACUACAAGCUCCGACCUCUACGGGCUGAUGACGUGACCCAGCUCAAAUAUCUCCACACUCAGUGGUUUCCGGUGGAGUACCCGAACAGUUGGUAUCAUGAUAUUACCACUGACACGGAGAGGUACAUGACACUAGCAGCCGUCCAGGAGGACACCAUCAUUGGACUUGUUGUCACCGAGUUGAGACAGAGUAAGUCUUGUUCUCCGGACGAGAUAGCUCUCCUUGACAGAGCACAAUUGAGGGAUAGUAUCCUGACUUAUAUCAUGACACUUGGAGUCAGACAACCCUUCCGCCGUAUGGGUAUAGCAUCUGUGUUAGUAAAAGAGAUCUUGUCCCGUUUGAAAACCCUGCCAGAAGUAAAAGGAGUCUAUCUGCACGUGCUAGCGUCCAACAAGCACGCUAUAAAGUUCUACGAAUCCCUGGGGUUUGGGUGCUGCGAGUUCAUACCUCAUUAUUACAGCAUCAUGGGACACUUUCAGAACGCCUACUGUUACAUUCUCUAUAUGCACGACGGUCAACCUCCUCCUACCCCCAUGCAGGUGAUAAUAAGAUCGCUGAGAAGUGUAUUUUCGUACGUGUACACGCUCUGGAUGUACGUUUAUAUGGCAACCAAGUCGAAACUGAGACAGCAUAGGACUAUAGCUGCUGGGUGAUCGUGUGUAUCUAGAUUUAAAUUAUGUCAAUUCAAUUUUAUUUUGUUCGUGUAUUAUGAAUGAUGUUCGAAUUUUAAAUUUUAUUUUGAAUAUUUUGACGGAUUUUUGGUUUACUGAAUACUCACAGUGUCAUUGAAUGUUACUCGACAAACUACAGUUUCUUAAUAAAGACUUAAGACAUGCCCAUAAUAUGACUAUUACAAUUUUAAAUGGAGAUUGUUAAUAUUUAAACUAGAUUAAGUUAUUCUUUUUAAUUUCCUGUUCAUAAUUUUUGAUAAUAAGCCAAAAUGUACUAUCUCUUAACAGUAAACUUUGAACCUAAUUUCUACCAUCGAAAUACUAUUUGAGUCAAACUUGGUAAAAUUUGUAACUGCUAAAGGAAGUGUGAAAUGGGAAUUGGGAUUGUUUCUUUUGGUAUUAACCAGGAUAUUCUACAGGAGAUUCAAAGUCUCUUUCUUUCUUGAACUUUAAAUUCUUGAGACCAUGUCCCUUUUUAUUCGUUUCUUUUUUUCCUGUAUUUCGAACCAAAUUCGGUGUAUAAACUGUCCAAUCUAAGAAUCUCCAAGACUUUUACCAACAAGACCCUGAAAUUGGACCAAAUAUUUUUCACCUUUUGAUUGAGUUGAUUGGAUUUACGUUUAAUAAGAUAGGUUUGUAUAACUUAGUAAGAGAUAUGUUGUGUUGGAUGUAUGGGUUUAUAACCAGCUUAUGUUGUGGUUUAUUUAUUGGUAAAAUAUAUCCGUAUCUAUUUUAUUUAACA